AUGCCGCCAAGGACGCGCCGAGCGGCAAAUCAAGAGAAUGCAGGCCCGCCGCCAGCCUCUCCCGUUCUAACGUCGAAGAAACGAAAAAUCGCCACUGAACCUGAACCUACACCACGCCCGAGUCGAAUCCUGCAAGAUAUAACGUCGCAGUUCAUCGAACCCGAGCUGGUUGUAGGAGGAUCGAAGCAGACAGUGUCAAAGGAGGAGCCUCAGCCACCACCCCGCAAACGCAGGGCAAGGGCGCCGAUUGGACGGUUUGCCAAGCGUCAACAGCUGGUGGGGCCCUCCCACCAUCCCGCCAUCCCAUCUUCCCUUCCGCCCUCGUCGCCCCCGUCCGAAUCAUCUCGUUUCGAUGUCAUAAACCAAGCCUUCGCCGGCCCUCGCUUUACCCGGAAUCGCAGUCCCAGUCUUGAAUACGCGGACGAGAACGAGAAUGCGGAUCCUUUCUCCGAAUCGCUGGACUUGCUGCCUGCAGCCGCAUCGAGCAACCAGGCAGAUCCGUUCGGCUUUCUCGCGGUGGAGAGCAGGCUGAGGGCCAAGAGAGAGGCGGCGCAGCCGUUCCAUGUCUUGACUGACCUCGACCUCCCUGUGGACGACGAUCACCCCACGCCUCACCCCGAUACGUUCGAGGACGACAACGACGAGAACGCCGUGCCAUUGGGCGUCCCAUCCACGCCCCAUAAGCGCAAGAAGCACAUCAGAUCUAUGGUGGCUGCGUCUACUUCGCCGACCAGCGCCGCGUUGUACAACCCCAGCCCGCAGUCGACGCCAUCCCCGUCGAAGCCGCGGCGCUCGCUUGCCAAGGGGAACCAGUCGCCGGUGGAUUCUUCGGAGAGCGACCUGGUGCUCAGUCGGCCUCCGAUCGCCAGCGCAGCUAGACGUGCGCGAAUCACCGCGCACGAGGAGAAUGCAAAGGCACGGAAGGAAGCCCGCGCGCCGAAGAAGUCUCUUACGCCCAGGACGCUGGGCAAGAGCCUGGAAGCACUGUUGCCGAAGAGGGUCACCCGUGCGCGGGCGGCGAGCAGCAAAGGGAAGGGGAAGGGGAAGAGGGGACGCGAGGCUGUGAGUGACGACGAAGAGGACGACCCCUCGCCGCGUAAGACGAAGAAGCGGGCCAUCGUGGCUAAGAAGCCGACGUCGAAAGCGAAGGGCAAGGCUAAGGCUACAGAGGUUGAAGAUGAAGAGAUAGAUGUUGAUGGUGCCCAAGAGAAAUUAAAACAAGAGCGGCAGGCGCGCUUGGAGUACUUCAAGAAGCUCGACUCCUACAAGGUCGAGGAAGAGAAUGUCUAUGUUGUCUAA